AUGGCGAACGCCGACGAUUUUUCGGGAAAAUCGCCUCAUGUUGCUGUCCUACCCGGCGCCGGCAUGGGUCAUCUGACUCCGGCCCUCCGGCUAGCCGCAAUGCUAUCUUCACGAGGCUGUCUCGUAACUCUAAUUGCAGUCAAGCCUACUGUCUCUGCUGCUGAGUCCACCACCAUCUCUAACUUCUUCUCCACCUACCCACAUAUCAAUCGUCUCGAUUUUGAAAUCCUUCCCCGUAAGCCCCCCAGUUCUACCAACGACGACCCUUUCUUCAUUCAAUUCGAAGCCAUUAGUCGCUCUGUUGUUCACCUUCUCAAGCCUCUCUUGUUAUCUUCCUCUCCACCUCUCUCUGCUAUCUUCUCUGAUUUCACUGUUUCCAUGACUCUCACUCCUAUUCUUGAGGAACUCUGCAUACCCAAUUACGUUCUCUCCGUUACCUGCGCUAGAUUUCUCUCUCUCCUGGCUUACCUUCCUUACUUGAUCAAUGAAAACUCUCCGAAAUUCGGUGAAUCCGAUGACUAUGUGCACAUCCCAGGUUUAUCCCCACUGCCUCUGUCAACUAUUCCUCCACCAUUCUUCAAUCCAACUCUGUUCUUCACGUCGUUUGCAAUAUCGAACGCUCUGUUUCUACCGAAAGCGAAAGGUAUUUUGGUAAACACCUUUGAGCGAUUCGAACCCGACACACUCGCUGCACUCAACAAUGGCAGAGUCUUAAGUAACCUCCCACCUGUUCACCCAAUUGGCCCAUUAGAGCCUUACAAGCUCGAAAAAGGAGAACAACUUUCAUGGUUAGACGACCAGAGUGUUAAAUCUGUGGUGUACGUUUGCUUCGGAAACAGAACAGCCAUGUCAAAGGACCAAAUCAGAGAACUUGGAGAUGGGUUAGAGAGAAGCGGGUGUCCAUUCUUGUGGGUUUUGAAAUCCAGCAAAGUAGACAAAGAAGACACCGAAGAGAUUGAAGAUUUGCUUGGCGAUUCGUUUCUGGAAAGGAUAAAAAACAGGGGAAUCGUAGUGAAAGCAUGGGUAAAUCAGGAGCAAGUUCUAGCACACCCUGCCAUUGGGGGUUUCGUCAGCCACGCUGGAUGGAAUUCGGUGAUGGAAGCGGCUCGGUACGGCGUGCCGCUGUUGGCGUGGCCUCCACACGGCGACCAGAGGGUGAUUUCAGAGGUGGUCGAGAAUGCUGGGUUUGGGGUGUGGGUGAGAGAUUGGGGUUGGGGUGGAGAGAGGGUGGUGAAAGGGGAAGAGAUUGGAGGGAAGGUUAAACAGCUGAUGAGUGAUGAGAAGUUGAGGAAUAGAGCUAUGGAGGUUGAGGAAGAAGCUAGGAAGGCUUUUCAAGAUGCUAAUGGGAGCUCUGAGAAGGCAUUGAUGGGAAUUAUUGAAACGUUGAGGCUUGCAGAGACUGCCUAA